AAGAGAAGCUACCAACUUUGUUCAGUCUGUUACAUCCCUUAGAUGAACCUACCCCAGUGCUGUGCAGAAAUGGAAGCAGUGGAAACACAAGAGUCAGUUUUGUCACAGACCCUAUGCAACAGAUUGUCUUCACUAGUCAGAAACCCUCCCUGGUCAUGACCUUUGACCGGUCAAUCGGAGUUCACUCGGUCUGGGCAUUGAGAAAAGUGAAAGAAGAGGAGGCAAACACAGCAGUCAAGCUGCUGGACGUCCUCAGUGGAUCUCUCUCUCUCCACUCCUCCAUGGCCAACACCACUGGUCUGGGUGCCACGCCCAAGCACCACAGCACCAGCUCCACAGCCAGCCUCCUGGCUGGUCUCAGCAUGAGUGCCCAGUCACGCCUCAGCAUGUGCAGCGUUUCGCCGGCCAUGUCACCCGCACCGGGGUUCAGAGGUUACGCCCGUACCCUGGCCUCGCCUCACCUGGCCUCCAGAGGGCAGAGUCCCGCUCUGUCUCAUUCAGGAGUGAAUCGAUCCUACUCUCCUGGACACAGUCUGCCUUUCUCGUCACCAGGAGUCAGCCAGACCCCCAGAUCAUCUUACCCCUGGACACCGGUCACAGGUAACACCACCAACAUGACCACUAUGUGUGAGGACAUUGAUGAACCAUUGCUUCCUGAGCUGUGUCUUGAACAUUGCUGGACAGAGCCUUUCACAUCUAACAGGGACGGCAUUCUAGGUCAGGCUACCAAGGCCUUCCUGACCUCUGACCUGUCAGGUCAGGACUUCCUCUGCUUCCUGCUGCCUCGUACCCGUCAGCUCAGGUGCCUCAAGUUCAGCUCCAGCAAUGACUGCACGCAGCUCAUCUUCGGUAGCCUCACCACACUCCAUGUUAGGGAUGCAAUCCAGCUAGAGGAUCUGAAGAUGAUGGUCGUGGUGGAAGCCAAUGGAAGCCUGGCCCUCUAUACCGGUAUCAACAAGGUCGGUAACAUCCUGAUCCCAGGGGUCGCUCCUACCAUCAUGAGCAGCAGUGUGGGACCAGGGGGUGUCAUGCCACGCCCUAGUACACCCCUGGAUAGCCCCUACUUGACUUCAUCUCAACGUGCAGGUGUCUCACUCUCCCUAACCGAUCAGGUGGUCCUGCUGUCCCCUGUACCUGGUGAGGUUGGUCACACCAAGCUUCAAGAUUCCACCUGCAGUGAAGACUUGACGCUGUCUCACAGCGCCACCAGUGGUCAGCAUGUCAUUCGUCUUCAGGAUUCGGUCAAGAACAGAUUCACUGUGGUCCUAUCAAAUGACACCAUGAUACGAACAUCGCUGCCCAAAAUAUCAGUGUCUAAUACAGUUAAUCUCUGUCUUGAGGCCAUCAAGUACGUGUUACCGCGCGAUACAGCCAUCCAGUUUCAGGCCAGGUGGUACGCAACCAAUCAUGCACCUGGAGAGCUUCGUGACCAAUCAGAGCUCAUGACUUUUGCUUCCUGUUUGUUGGGUAUGAUGGGAUACAACACUGCACAGCUCAACUUAUUUAGUCAGGACACUGAAUCAGCAGGUUCUCCUGUGGUAGCAGCCAAGAAACACAAGCCAUCGGGCUGGGAUGAGGACUGGGAGUAUCUCUUCUCCUCGGACUAUCACAAUAAGGUGAAGGAUACUCUACCAGUGUUCAACCACCCCGAUACGGCGCCCUCUACCAGUUCAAUGAAUCCAGGCUCUUCUAAUGACGAUUCAACCAAACGUAAACCCCUGGAAACCUCGGCACUUCUCUUCCCCCACAUACCUGGGCUGGCAUUUGUCCUUCAUCUGGUAUACGAGGAGCUGAUGUUGAACAAGUAUCUCAGACAAGAUGUGAGAGAAUUGGUAGUGGUUCUCAAUCAUCUAGCAUGUGAAUUGGACUGGUCCCAGUACAAGGAUUACUACCUCAGGAACCACCCCGCCCUGUUCAGUUCAACUCCAGAGAAAAGCUUGACACCAGAAAUGAAGAAAGAUCUUCAAGUACCAGCCUUCUGGACUCCUCUACCACCCAGCAUUGAUCGCUACCUCUACAACUACAUCAGGGGGGCAAAACAGGACCCCUUCCCAGUCUUGUCUGGUCUCUGCUCCAAAACUAGUGAGAUGGUUUCUCUUUACAUGCUUUGCAUGACUGAAGGUAUACCUGACCUAGCAGGCACACAUCGACUCAGGAGGAGACAGUCUGUCAGUGCUUUCCCGUCAGACUUCAGCUCCAUGGACAGCCUGAACACCUUCCUGCUGCGAUACCCUGACCUCCCCUCCUCCCACCGGACAGUCCUCUACAUGGCUCAUCUCGGCUACACCCUGGCCACCCUUGCCUCCCUGCCAGUGGGCGUGGCUCUCCCUCUGAUGGAGGCCAUCUCACAGUGUCAGGACGCCCCGCACUCUGGCUGGCCCAAGGGGGCGUAUGACCUCCUGGGCAGGCAGGACCUGUCCAACCAGGUCCAGUGGCUUUCAUCGUCCAGUAAGAAGCAUCGGAGGUCAAAGACCCACUGUGGUUCACCAGGGAGUGGCCCUAGCACCAUGGCAACCAAACAAGAUGAACGUGAUGGGAUGGAGCAUCUAGACCAGGAGCUCCUUCGGCUCCGGUUCCCUGAUGAUCUCCGCGUCCAGGAGGUCCGGCGUCUCCUCCAGUCCUCUAAGCCUGUCACCAUCGCUCUCACUCAGAAACCAGAAACAAGUGACCAUGAGUUCAUUGAAGAACAGGAACUACAUCUGUUACUUGUCUCUCAGCGUACAAUGGCUCUCCCAGUUGGCAGAGGAAUCUUCACACUCGGCACUUCCAACGCUGUCAUCACAGAACCACUUCACGUUCCAAAGUUAAACCUCACCGGCAAGGCCCCACCAAGGAACAACACCAUCAACUUUGUGAACAUAGACGUACCAACCAACAUGAACUCCUGGCCUCUCUUUCACAACGGUGUCGCUGCAGGCCUCAAGAUCACCAGGGGAGACAACCAGAUUGACUCUGCAUGGAUUGUGUACAACAGACCUCAGACGACCGAGUUACACAAUGAACAUGCAGGAUUCCUGAUGGCCCUAGGUCUCAAUGGCCAUCUAUCCAAUCUUGAUAAACUCAAUAUACACAAUUAUCUCUGCUCUGGACAUGAGAUGACUAGUGUGGGAUUACUUCUUGGACUUGCGGCUGCAAAGCGAGGUACCAUGGAUGUUACUACCACCAAGAUCCUGUGUAUCCACAUCAGUUCCUUGCUGCCACCCACAUCCACUGAGCUGGACGUACCACACAGCGUCCAGGUGGCGGCCAUCUUGGGAACAGGUCUUGUCUACCAGAAGACUGCCCACAGACACGUAGCUGAAGUACUGCUCGGGGAAAUAGGCCGCCCUCCAGGACCAGAGCUCAAUAACUGUACCAACCGUGAGUCAUACUCCCUAGCAGCAGGGUUAGCUCUUGGUAUGGUCACACUAGGGCGUGGUAGCGGAGCUGUGGGACUUUCAGACCUGAAUAUCCCAGACCAGCUGUAUCACUACAUGGCAGGAGGACACAAGAAACAUGUGAGUGGAAGCAGCAGAGAGAAGAAAUCACCUUGUUAUCAGAUAAGAGAAGGUGACCAGGUCAAUCUUGAUGUGACCUCACCAGGAGCGACCCUUGCCCUUGGUCUAAUGUUCCUUCAGACAGGCAAUAGAGCUGUAGCCGAUUGGUUAGCUGCUCCCGAUACCCAAUCACUGCUAGACAUGGUCAAACCAGACUUCUUACUACUCAGGGCUCUCAGCAGAGGACUAGUGUUGUGGGAUGACAUCAGACCUACAUCUGAAUGGAUUGAUAGCAACAUUCCUCCUAUUGUGAAGAAGUAUGCUUUCAAGGCAAACACAGCAGAGAACAAUGGUGAUGAGGAGAUAGACUACCAGACAAUGAGUCAAGCUAUCUGUAACAUAGGAGCAGGAGCUUGCUUUGUCUUGGGGUUAAGAUUUGCUGGUACUGCCAACAAGUGUGCCUAUGACUGUCUGCUCUCCUACUUGAAGAAACUGAUGAACAGAGCUUCUCAGCCUCUAGUGGAUGUUGCUGGAAGGACAACCUUCAAGACAUGCCUCUAUACAAUCCUGCUUGCUCUGGCCAUGGUAAUGGCUGGCACAGGUGAUGUUGAGCUGCUGCGUGUUGCCCGUGGUCUCCGUAGCCGGGUGCACAACGACAUCUCGUACGGCAACCACAUGGCGUGCUCCAUGGCCAUCGGACUCCUCUUCAUGGGGGGAGGGCGCUAUACACUCAGCACAUCCCAGGAGUCCGUGGCUGCUCUCAUUACAAGUCUCUUCCCAUGCUUCCCAGGAAACAGCAAAGGCAACAGGUACCAUCUACAAGCUCUGAGGCACCUGUACGUGUUAGCAGCAGAACCCAGAUUGAUCCUUCCUAAAGAUGUAGAGACUGGGAAACCUUGCUACGUGCCUCUUGAAGUCACCCUCAAGGAAUCCGAGUGGCAUGAUGAGACGAUACUGAAGCUGAUGGCACCGUGCAUCAUUGGUGAACUCCGUAGCCUCAAGAGUGUACGGAUCCUUGGUCCAAGGUACCUUGGUGUGACCCUUAACCUAGAGCGUGACCUUGAUACUCUGAAGGGACUCCUAACGUCUGGAGGAACCCUGUUUGUCAAGCCGAGAGCUGGACACCUCUCUUAUGCCGAGGAUCCAAAGGGUUACCGCAGCCUCCUCGCUCAGCUCCUUACCCAUGAGACCUCUAGCCAUUCGACCUCUGACCUCAAGCUCAUUGAGUCUUUCACCUCUGACCCUCGCAUCCUCAACUUUGUGAAGCAGUUCUGCUGGUGGAACUCUGACAAGCCUAAAAACGAAGAUGAGAAGUCCUUGAUGAUGGGUAGCUUGCUCUUUGAGAGUGUUACCAAGGAAAAAUUGGCUGUACUCCCAGUGCUUCUUGAAGUCCACCAGUCUUUGGACCAGCCACUUGAGAGCUUAAAUGCUUCCGAUCUAUGGCAACUCAAGCUAGUACUAGCAUACUACAGCCAUCAUCCUGCAGUGAAAACUCCUAUGGAUGAGUCUACCCAGGCACCUAUGCAGAGAAGGAGGUUAGUCCAUGCUGAGGCCUGUGCACACUUCAAGUCGAGACUGGACUCAAUUCUUGACACCUGGCUGCAAGUUACAGGUGACAGCUCACUCCCAGAGGUCUUUGCAGCUCUCCAAGAUUACCAUCUCCCAGUGUCAGCUGUUCUUAGGAUAUACCAGUGUUUGCAGAGGACCAGAUAGCAGAAGGAUCCAUGUGGAACUUGACAUUGAUAGGGAUUCCUAACUGAUCACGGCGACUACCAUACUACUAAUGUUUGCAAGGAGCAGGAUACAGGGUGUUGCCCAUGAGGGAUCUUCUAGGCUGUCAAAGACUUUCACCUUCCAGUGUUAGCUGUUCUUAGAAGAAAACAAUAUUUGCAGGGGAUCAGGUAGCAGUUGAAUCUAUGUGGAACCAUGUCAUGUUCAAGGGCCUUCUUGGCUCUGCAAGACUACCAUACCAAGGAGUCAGCUUUUCAUACCAGUGUAUAC